AUGGCUUCUUCUUUGCUCAAUGGUGCCAUAAACCCCACACUCACUAGAGGAAUUGCUCAAACCCCAAAUGGGCUAGGUUUUCUUGGCUCGGAUUUUAAUGGAAAGCAUUUUCCCAAGUUGAAUUCUGUUUCUUGUGUCAAAAUUUCAAGAACCCACAAGAGUAAAACCAUUGUAUCCCCUAAUUGCAGUGCUUCAGCAUCUAGGCCGGCCUCUCAGCCAAGAUUCAUACAGCAUAAAAAAGAGGCAUUUUGGUUCUACAGGUUUCUAUCAAUUGUGUACGACCAUGUUAUAAACCCCGGGCAUUGGACUGAGGAUAUGAGGGAUGAUGCACUUGAGCCAGCUGAACUCAAUAAUAGGAAUUUGACAGUGGUGGAUGUUGGUGGAGGUACAGGGUUUACCACUUUGGGUAUAGUGAAACAUGUGGAUGCUAAGAAUGUUACAAUUCUUGAUCAGUCUCCUCAUCAGCUAGCCAAGGCUAAGAAGAAAGAGCCCUUGAAGGAAUGCAAGAUAAUCGAGGGUGAUGCUGAGGACCUCCCUUUCAAAACUGAUUAUGCUGAUAGAUAUGUAUCUGCCGGGAGUAUUGAGUACUGGCCGGACCCACAACGUGGCAUCAGGGAAGCAUAUCGAGUUUUAAGGCUCGGAGGGAAGGCUUGUGUAAUUGGUCCUGUAUAUCCAACAUUUUGGUUAUCUCGCUUCUUUGCUGAUGCGUGGAUGCUCUUCCCGAAGGAGGAAGAGUACAUUGAGUGGUUUGAAAAGGCUGGAUUCAAGGAUGUCCAACUGAAGAGGAUUGGUCCAAAAUGGUAUCGUGGGGUUCGUAGACAUGGGCUGAUUAUGGGAUGCUCGGUUACAGGUGUAAAACCUGCAUCUGGGGACUCACCUUUGCAGCUUGGUCCUAAGGUAGAGGAUGUUUCGGAGCCUGUAAAUCCUUUUGUGUUUCUUUCGCGCCUCAUCUUAGGUGCCAUGGCAGCAACUUACUACGUAUUGGUUCCCAUUUACAUGUGGAUCAAAGAUCAAAUUGUUCCGAAAGGUCAGCCAAUAUAA